AUGUUGACUGAGCAGCUCGAAAACUUCCGCAGGGUAUCUAAGAUUGGCAUCUCUGGUGGAGCGUUGGCCCUGCUUCGCCCAGGCAAGAUUCAUGAACUCAUUUUGAACUACAAUGGCUUCUUGGAGCAAGUGGACGAGCACACCCAGUACCUGGAGAUCAAUGUGGCGGGCUUCAGAAAAUUGCUGAAGCGCCAUGAAAAACAGGUGCCUCACAUGUUCCACCCGUCGAAGACACCAUGCCUUGGAUUUCACAAGUUGGUGACGAAGAGUUCGCGGCAAAUAGUGGAGAUCACCAACAUGUUGGGGCAGAUCAUUAGUUGGGCUGCCCAGUGA